AUGGACCAUGGGCUGAUUGGCCUGGAAACUGAAAGUUCUUCUGUUGUUCUCACUGCACCAUACACUGUAAACAUGGGUACUGUGGCUGUGCAAAACAAGGGCAGCCCAACACGUGUUCUUGAAUGUAAACAGAAUUCUCAGUCAACUACUUUUGAAACAUCAAACAGAUAUGUUCAGUCAUUCUUGUGUUAUGAAUUGUUUGCAGCCAUUGAAGUGGGUUCUUUGACUAGGGUACGAAACGUACUGCUUUCCUACCCUGACCUUGAUUUUAACUUUCAUAUUAAAGAUGUCACUCCUUUGUCAUUAACACUCUAUAGACGACGAUUUGAUAUUUUUCAUCUGUUUCUUCGACAUCAGGCCAAAGUUGGCAACCUAAAUCUGAAUAUGAUUAGUAAGGACAAUCUGGGAAGAAUGGAGCCACCAAUUAUAACAGCAUGUCGACUUCAUUUCUUAGAAGGGGUUGUCACUCUGGUCAGAAAAGGAGCAGAUAUCGACAUGACAGAUAACCAAGGUCACUCUGCCCUGUGGGUGGCAUCUCGACAGCAGAUGCCAGAUUUGGUGGAGUAUCUGAUCAAUAAUGGUGCUAGCGUCAGCAAGAUGGAUAAAUUUGGAUGCACUCCAUUACUCACUGCACUCAUGUAUCGGGUGAGUUCCAUGAUCAUUCGACACCUUAUUAUUCACGGAAGUCCGUUGUCUACCCCAGUAAGAUGGUCGUCUGCAGAACAGUCUCCUCUGUUUUGGGCAACCAAAAAUGGCAAUUUAGAAAUUGUUAAACUGGUUCUUCAAGCAGGUGUUGGACUAUGGGAAAUGCGCUCUGUCCGAAUGGCGCUGUCAAAUAGUGAUGUGGAUUUUGAGAUUCUUGAACUAUUGGACGCAGAAACUCAUUGCCCCCCAACUCUCCAGCACCAGUGCAAGUUAGUGCUGCGGAACUUCAUUAGCCAAGUAGGGCAUGGGAAGAAUUUCAUGAAAAACAUGCAAACAUUGCCGCUGCCAUCCAGUUUAAUACAGUUUCUACUCCUUGUCCGGUGA